AUUAUUUAAGCUCAAAGCCAGACAGUUGUCAUUUUAGCAGAUACAUGUAUUAUUCUUUUAUUAUUUGUUAUUUGAGAUGUGCUUUAUUGAUUCCAGAGUUGGGGAAUUAUUAAUUGAUAUACGUAUAUGUAGUUCCCCAUUGUUACACUGUUAAACUUAUAAAGCGAAUAGAAACAGUCCUUUCUGCUGUCUCGAAUCUAUGUUAGCUCUCUAAAUGAUUAUACCCUGGCCUGUGCUCAUGUCAACUGAUAGAGCGACAGGUGGAUACAUUCCUUUAUUGAUUGACAUGCUCUGUCCAGCAGGCGGCGGUGUUUCACUCAUCUUUCAGUUUUGGGCAGUUCGGAUGUGCGGCUGCGCAGAAAGUAAUUCGACUCUCAGACCCGGAUGUAACCAACGCCUAACCUGUCGGAAGAAAAAACGAUGCAGACUAUAAAAUGUGUGGUAGUAGGAGACGGAGCAGUAGGAAAGACCUGCUUACUGAUCUCCUACACAACCAACAAGUUCCCCUCAGAAUACGUUCCUACUGUUUUUGACAAUUAUGCGGUGACAGUGAUGAUAGGAGGAGAGCCUUACACACUCGGCCUCUUUGACACAGCAGGUCAGGAGGAUUAUGACCGACUGCGUCCACUCAGCUACCCGCAAACAGACGUAUUCCUUGUAUGUUUCUCCGUCGUCUCCCCGUCAUCGUUUGAAAACGUCAAAGAGAAGUGGGUCCCUGAGAUUUCGCACCACUGCCCAAGCACACCUUUCCUGUUGGUGGGCACACAAGUAGAUCUGCGGGAGGACAGCAACACUGUGGAGAAGCUGGCGAAGAACAAACAGCGCCCCCUCUUCCCAGAGAGCGGAGAGAAGCUGUGCCGCGAGCUCAGGGCUGUCAAAUACGUGGAGUGCUCUGCACUCACACAGCGAGGACUUAAGAAUGUGUUUGAUGAGGCCAUACUGGCUGCGCUGGAACCCCCAGAGACCAAAACUAAAAGGAAGUGCGUUCUUCUAUAGAGGAAUGUCAACACUGAGAGAUGGAAUAAUGUAAGAAAUGGGUGGGAUGAUUUAUUAGGAAGAUCAGUGCCUAUUUUUCAGAGAAAGACAAAAAAAGACAAGCCAAAGGGGGGCAGGAAGUGCCUUUUUGCCAUUGAGAUCUAGUCAGAUUCAUAUCUGGUGAUUGUACCUUUCCUUUUUUUUUUUUAAGUUGAGAGGCUGAAGGUGCAACAUUUCCACAUAAGUGCCACAUAUCUUUUAGGAAGUAGAGCAUUUUCUCUUGAUAUUCUGCUGGGGCGGGCCCCCUCUGCCUGUCACUAUUCUGCUCUCAAUUUUUUAAGAGGAAAUAUUCAUGUAUUAAGAAAUCAUUGUCUCCUUUGUUUUAAAACAGGAUGGGAAGAUUUUUAACUGUAUGUACAUUUGAAUGAGCAAGUAAAUACUAUGUGGUACUUUAUUUGCUUUUUUUUUUACCCCUACUUGUUUAAAAAAAGAGAGAUUUAUAGCCCAAGAGAUUUAUAGUCACUCCAAACAACUAAAGCUGGUUACUUUCCUCCAAUUCCCAAUGACCUUUUAGUGAGGCCAAGUGCAUAUGGACCCAUUUCACUUCUUCAGGUGAAUUAUGAAUUUCUGUUUUGUAUUUUUAUGUGUUGUAUGAUCUAUGUUGUUUUAGGGAAUUUUUGUCUAUAUUGUUUUAAAACUUGAAUUUUAAUUGUAUCCAGAUUUUCUUUCUCUUUAACUGAUAGAUGACCUACAGUGAUUGAUACAAUAACAAAUGAAAUUGUAAUACCUUGAAUAAGUCUGAAUCUUGAUGGAGAUUGAGAGACUAUUUUUUCUAGUAAAUUUCUGGGUUUUUUAAUCACAGGAUGUUUUUAAUAAAAGUGUUUUACCAAAAAUUAAAUGAAUCGUAUUUUACGAAGAACUAGUUACUACUGUAAUAAAACAAAACUAUAUGUUCAAUGUUGACACCUAUAACAAAACCUUUCAGAAAGCAGAGGACAAAGCAUGCUGCAGUGUUUUGCUCUGAAAUCUAA